GUAAAAGUCAGAUUGAUUGUAAAUUGAUUAGCACAAAUUUUCGCAACAAUAAAAAAACAUAAAAUAACAUAGUGAACUAAUUAGACAAAUUGCAAUGGUGGAGCUUUCUCCACAGACAAAGAAUCAAGAAGAACGUCCGUUGUUGAAGGUGGAAGGGGCAAGUGGCGAUGGCGGUGGUCGGCAGAUGCCGCCCACCGACACGGCAUGGAGUGUUACAUGCUCCACAAGACGUUCUUGGUGGGACCGCUGGCCAGAAUUUUUAACAGCCUUUUGGAUGACUGGAAUUCUAUUGGCGAUUUCAUUCUUGGUGAUGUACGUCUUGACUAUUGGCUCCGUGAAGAGACAGCCGGUUGUAAUCCUCAAAUGCAAUAGCUCUAACCCUUAUAAUGAAGUCUAUUAUCAUCAAAUAGUUCAAAGGCAGAAUUCUGAAAUGAUGUCAAUGUAUUCAGAUUACUUAGCUGAAAUGGCUACUAAAUAUCCGCUGCUACAUUUCAAUGUUAUUUUCAUGAUAGACGAUACCAUUCCAAAUAAUGGAAGAUAUCGACAUAUUAACAUUUACGGUCGCUUAAUUCCCAUUCAUACAAGAGAUGCAAUUAGUAAUUUCGAAUAUUAUAAUAGUAAAAAAAUUAAAGAAUUCCAACAAAAAUAUCACAAUGUCAAUGUAACGGUAAUACCACUCAGCAGAUUUAUGGCACGCACACUAUUGCGAUAUAAGUGGAGAACUAUUCCUACUUUGUACUUGUCAUUUUAUGCGAGAAUUUUCGCCGUUUGGCAAACUGGAGGAAUAGGUAUGGAUUUACCUACAUUCAAUUACAAAUACAAAAAUCAUCUAGAUCAGGAUAGCAAAAUCACGUCUAUUUUGAAGCAACACAAUGAUGGUAUAAAAGCAGAUGAUUAUAAACGAGCACUAGAAUAUACUGAAAGAAAUGAAGAAAACGAGAUCUACUCUGCAAUAUUUGAGGUGGUUAAUCAAAUGAUAACGAACUUCUUUAAUAGUUCAUACUGGUUUCCAUCAAUUCUACCGCAAAAAGAUUUGACAAACAAAGAACCACUGGUGAGAACAUACAGAAAUAAACGUGACGUUCCCUUAAAAGUAGUUGAUAAUUAUACAUCAAUUAACGAUACUAAAGAUUUUAUUAAAUUUGGAUCUGUUAACGCAACCAAUGACAAUGCGGAGAAACAUAAGAAACCAACUGGAGAAUAUAUUUCACUCAAUAAAACUACUUUUAAUAUGACUGAAAGGAAUCUUAUAAAAUUACUUAAAGGUGGGGGAUCGAAGUUAAAUAAUACUGUAAAACCGACCGAGAAACAUCAAACUACUACUUCAAAUGUACUUGCACGCAACGAUAACUACGUAGAGCCGAAUAUGUUCAUGUCUUAUCAAAUAUCAGUUUUAUCGGAUGAUUUAGGCAUGAUGAAUUUACCAUUUCCAAAUUUUAUUAAUAUGGAAUCCCCAUUAUUCAACUUUGGAAAAACUUUUGAUAAAGAUAAUUUGGAUAAAGUGAAAUAUGAUAAAUCGUAUGCACGUGCCCCAAACUUCUUAACACUUACGUCUGAAGGCUCAUUCGCAGCUUCAACAGCUGUAAUGCAUCCAUUAUUGGGCCAUUUGUUGUCUUGCGGUUGUAAACGAAUGUCUCCUAGGAUUUCUAUACAAGAAGCAUUUUUGAGUCAGUGUGCUGAAUCAAUUAAAGAUGACCUGUACUGUGAUAAUAUUUAUUUGCUUAAUUUAAUUUAAAGUCGUUUUUAUGAUAAU